UGUAGGAGUGUUUUUGCUGUAUCACAAGUAGCAGAGAGCUGUGCUGUGGAGCUUUCUUCGUAGUCCAGUUUAUGAUGGGUUUUACAGUGUAUUCCAGGUAACAACAGAACAUAGAACGACCUUUGUUUCAACCAUGGCAUUUUUGUGGUCAAAAAUCUCAGCCACUCUUCCACCUAAUGAAGAACAGUUUCCGCUGCAGUUUAGUGAGAAAGUGGCAUUAAGUGUGGUGGAAAUGCUGAAACGGGCCCGGCUGCAGCUGUACGGCGAAACGACGAGAGCUAGCCAAAUUCUCAAUGCUCAAAUCAUUUUGGACUAUUCAUGGGAGAGACUCAACACGGGAACAUGGCGCCAUGUGGACAAAGAGUGGAGGCGAGUUUACUCCUAUGGCUGCCUGUUCAAAGCGGCUGCGCUGUGUCGAGAAAAUCCAUCAGAGGAAGAGAUCCGGCAGGCGAUCAGGACAUGUGACAUGGGUCUGCUGAUGGGUGCAGCCAUCAUGGGAAAUAUACUUCAGGUCAUUGUUUGUAUUCUGCAAAGCGAAAUAAGGAAAUUGGCUGAAGAAGAAGAUAAUCAUGAAAAUAUGGAGGCUAAGAAAAGAAAGAUUGCGAGCCCACAUGUUGGUCUAAUCAAAGAAGAGUUGGCAGUUCCCAGAAUUAAGUGUCCUUCACUGGAAAGUUUCAAUGCAAACCACCUCCUUCCCCUCAAACCAGUGAUUUUAGAGGGGAUAAUUGACCACUGGCCUGCCCUCAACAAACAUCCCUGGAGCGUUGAGUACCUGAGGUCUGUGGCCGGCUGCCGGACUGUUCCUGUUGAGGUGGGGUCCCGCUAUACAGACGAGGACUGGUCACAAACGCUGCUAACGGUCAAUGAGUUCAUCGACAAAUACAUAUUGAAUAAAGUUCCUGUGUCUGAGAAUGGAUACAAAGCUGUGGGUUAUCUUGCUCAACACCAGCUUUUUGAUCAGAUCCCAGAGCUAAAGGAAGACAUCUGCAUCCCAGAUUAUUGUUGUCUUGGUGAAGGAGAUGAAGAUGACAUUACUGUAAAUGCAUGGUUUGGACCCAUGGGUACAGUAUCUCCUCUUCACCAAGAUCCUCAGCAGAACUUCCUGGCUCAGGUAGUGGGAAGCAAAUACAUACGGCUGUAUUCCCCAGAGGACACAGAGAAGCUUUAUCCUCAUGAAUCUCAGCUUCUUCAUAACACCAGUCAGGUGGAGGUGGAGAAUCCAGACGCUGAACGCUUCCCUGAGUUUGUCAAGGCGCCAUAUCUGGAAUGUGUCUUACAGCCUGGAGACGUGCUGUUCAUCCCUGUCAAACACUGGCACUAUGUCCGAUCUUUAGAAGUCAGCUUUUCUGUCAGCUUUUGGUGGUCGUGAUUUCAUUUGAUAAUAAAAUAAAUGUAAUCUCCA